AUGGCAUCAAACGGGAAUGGCAGAUCUCUUCCUAGAUUUGGUGAGUGGGAUGUGAACGAUCCGGCUUCGGCUGAAGGCUUCACCGUGAUAUUCAGCAAGGCCAGAGAUGAUAAAAGGACUGGCGGGGUUGCCGCUAACUCAGUAUCUCAGAGGAAACAAGAUGAGAAACCCUUGAAAAAGUGGCUUUGUUUUACUAUUGCAUCAUGA